AUGGGGGUUGUCGUGUUCCCCGGCGCGAUGGCUUCUCUCGGUGACGAUCCAGCUGAUGAGGAUGUACUCAUCGGUUUCGGUGGAACAGUCAUCGGUUGUGUGGUGCUCACCAUGACGGCUUUCCUACUCACAGUAGGAGGCUGUCUCUGUUGCUCAGAGGAGCGACUCAAGCGCCUUUUCGGCACGAAGAAGCGUCUUGUGGUAGACGCUAGCCCCGCAUACGAGGCCCAGAGCACGACUCCGUCCGAACUGACCCUUUUCCCGAAUACGCCACCCCUGUCCCUCAACGCGGGCGGGCUCUGCGGUGAUCACGAGGUCACUUUCGAACCGCUGCCUAAGAUCUACUCCCGUCCACAAGGUCAAUCCAAGAGACCUCGCGACGUCGAACGCGUCAAACUGGAUCAAGCUCAGAUUCUGAAACCAGCUUACUUCGAACAACGACUGGACCGAAACUCCAAGAGAUGCGACUGGUUCGAUGAUCCAUCGGCGAAUUUCCCACGACACCAGCUGCAGUACCUAAGCGAAUUAGGCACCGGCUGGUUCGGAAAGGUCGUAUCGGGUAAGGCCACAUCGUUCGGACCAGUCGUCGUCAAAAUCCUGAAAGCCGAUGCCACUCCGACGGACCACAUAAACUUCCUCCAGCAGGUCGAAAGUCUCAAAGGCAGCGAUCAUCCUCACAUACUGCGAUUGCUCGGAAGAUGUCUGGAGAGCGAUCCAUUCCUCCUUAUCCUAGAGCUAGCGAAAGCCGAUCUGAAAUCCUUCAUCAUCACCCAACCAUCUCCAUUGGACACAGCAUUCAUUCUUCGUUUGGCGCACGAUAUCGCUUCGGCGAGCGAAUAUCUCCACAAACGAGGAUUCAUCGUCACAGAUCUGGCAGCUCGAAAUUGCCUCCUGAUGAAUGAUCUACGGACGGUCAAAAUCGGGGACUAUGGACUCUCGAUUGAAAAGUUCCCCCAGGAUUACUACGUUGUAGGGGACUCGGCGAUCCCGUUGAGAUGGUCAGCACCUGAAACGUUCAAGGUCAUGGAAACAGCGGUCGAGCUCUUGCCGCUGAGCAGAGCGGCGAAUGUAUGGUCGUUCGGAGUUCUGCUGUGGGAGGUCGCCAAAGGCUGUCAGAGGCCCCUCGACUACCUCAACGAUGAGCAGUUUUUGCAACAAGUGAUUGUGGAUCACAAAUGGGAUGCCGAGUACGCUCUCAACACAAACAUCAUAGGCUUCAACGGCCUCAUCACGAAGUGCUGCUCCCUGGAUCCCAUCAGAAGACCUCAUAUGCAGGAACUCGUCAUAGAACUCGGGGAUCUGAUGUACCAGGAGCCCGAAGAAUGUUCGCUCGGCUUCCAAAGGAGCACGUCCGUGCACGAUAUGCUAAACGAACGACCCGAGAAGGUUGCUGAAAUGUUCAAAAUCACCGUGAUCGAUGAUGAAUUGACGGAGCAUCUCUCGUCAGUUGGUCUCCCUCCGAACUACUUAUGGGGGAAUAGAACGGGGAAAAUUGAUAAUGCCGAUCUCUCCCAGCUUGAGAGCUCUACAUGGAAGAUUCCUGACGAGCUGAACAAGGUGGUUGUGGAGGGUCAGAGCGAAGCGUCUACACUUGCCAAUGAGGUGAUGCCGUCCGAAUAUAUCACAGCUUCGAAUGGCAAUCUUAGUGCCAUCUCACAUCCACUCCAUGCGGACUCGGACACUCUAGAUAUGUUCAGCGAGCCUAGCUCACUGGUCAACGAGCUGGACAACAUUCUCGACCAGAGGUCAGACGGAACGAUCACGCCGCAGCAAGAGCAUCAAGAAGAGUACGCCGAUGAUGAUUAUCAAGACCAAAUGGAGUUGCAGGAGCCUGGUUCAAAAUUCAUGACAGGACGACCCACUUUCCAACUGAAUCUGAACGUCGGCACGCCAAAAGGACUACCGGAUGUGAUUCCCCCGACAGGGAACGGCGAUAAUCCACUGCAUCUAUCAAACGACGUGCUCAUGAAGUUUCAGCGGAUGUCCGCUGACACUUCAUAG